UCAAAAUGCAGUUGUUGCAAGUCUGCAAAGAUGGGACCUUUCGCUGGUAUCCGGCCAAGAAAUACUACAUGUUCACUAAACUUCCAACUUGGCGAGUCCCAAAUGCUGAAGAAGCUAAUGAUCGCUUCGAGAAGGAUCAACGUCGCCGAAAUCCGCUAUAUUUCGCAGAGAAUUUAGGUCCCAAUAGUGACUUUUCUCGUGCCUUCCGGCAACACGCCCGUUUAAUUGAAAUGGAAGACCGGAAAGUCAACCUGGGUGGCGGCUUUGGCGCUGAAUCCUCCAUGCCAGCUGGCGGACGUGCUCUGAGAGAUGAGGACGACGACAUGGGUGACGAUGAUGUCAAGAGAGCUCUUCAACAAGAAAAGCAAGAGAGGGAUCAGGAAAUAUUCGGGAUGGAGGGCGACAUGGAUGAGAUGGAGUAUGAAGAAGAUGUGGCGGACGACGACGAAAAGGUACAUGCAGAUGGAAAAGAAGAUGAGGAUAGAGAGAUCGAG